UUAUUGAAUUCGUCUGCAGAUGAAGGUACUACCAUGGUAGAAAACACAACGAUGAUGGAUAUGUCAAACAUCAACAGUUCUAUAAUUCCGGGAUCUAUGGAAUACAUAUUACUUAACCCUCUCGAUAACUCUCUAUCAUCAAUCCAUCAUCGAUCUUCGAAUUUUGCAUUGAAUGAUGAUGCAUCAACAUUACUGCCUCCAUUAUCUCCCAUAUCAAGUCAUGGAACCAUACGAUCAUCGUCGCCUGCAUCUUCAUACAUCACAGCCGAUGAGUCUUUUUCACCAAUGAAUCAGUAUUCUUUCGAUGUGACGGACGACGAGAACACAUUAAUUGAUGAUAGAGAUGAAGAAAAUGAUUGUUCACUUGCCAAGGAACCACAACUAUCAACUCCCAUGCAACGCGUUGAAGUAGCAACUCGUGGAGGACACAAAAUCAUCACUGAUGUUAAAUUGGAUGUGCAACAAAUACAG